UUUCCAGCAUCUGCAGAAUUCCUGUUGUAGGAGUAUCUUCGCCUGACUGAUCACCGCGGAUCUUAAGCGGCAGCUCAUCCUCAUCUUUAUCAUUGGUAAGUGCGUUAGCGGGUUCGGUCGGCGGGUGGCGCUGCCUGCGCCCUGCGGUACCGGGCUCGGGCGGCGGUCGGCGGGCAGCGCUACCUGCGCCGCCGGGUUCGGUCGGCGGGCGGCACUGCCGGCGCCCUGCGGUACCGGGCUCGGGCGGCGGGCGGCGCUACCUGCGCCCUUGUUUUAAGCAGCCUCGGGCUCGCGGCCGUUCCAAUUUGCAACGGUUGCCUCUCGAAAAUGGCGGCGGCACCGUCGGACCAUCGGUCCGCACUGCUGCAGCGGGAUCUGGCGGCGGUGACAGGAGAGCUGCCGGUACUUUCGCCUCAGGAAAUUAAGCGGCGGCUGCAGAGGACCCGCAGAGCACUAAGCAACAGGAGAAAGAUCCUGCUGAAGCACCUGCCCCCGGACAGCGGCAGCCAGGAUGUAUAUGAAUUGUUGAAAGAUUAUGAAUUGAAAUACUGCUAUGUAGAUAAGAACAAAGGAACAGCUUUUGUUACUUUGCUGAAUGGAGAGCAAGCACAAGAUGCCAUUCGCAAAUUUCAUAAGUCCAAUUUCCAGGGAAGAGAGAUAUCUGUUCAGCUACAACCAACAGAUAGCUUGCUUUGCAUUACUCAGCUGCCGCAUUCUUAUACAGAACAACAGUUUGAGGAGUUGGUCCACCGCUAUGGAAAUAUGGAGCGAUGCUUCCUUGUUUAUAGUGAGACUACUGGGCAUUCUAAAGGCUAUGGUUUUGUGGAAUACAUGAAGAAGGACUCUGCUGCUCGAGCUAAAUCUGAACUUAUGGGUAAAAAACUGGGAUCUUGCAUCCUGUAUGUGCACUGGACAGAUGUUGAUCAUCUGUCACCUGAUUUCCUUCAUUCAAAGUGUCUUUGCAUUGGUAAAAUUCCCUGUGAGUACAAAGAUGCAGAGGAACUAACACAACUCUUCUCUCAGAUGUUUAAACCAGUUUUCUGUCAGCUUGCCCGGGGCUCAGGUAGCCAACCGUCCUUUGCAGUCGUAGAGUACCAGACUGCUGAUCAAACUGAAUUAGUUCAACGAUCCACUAAUGGAAUGCUUAUUGGGGGUAGCCAUGUCAAUGUUUCAUUUUGUGCUCCAGGGCUUCCGGGACGCAGUAUGCUAGCAGCACUUAUUGCUGCCCAAAGGCUGUUGUUAAACAGCAGUAAAGGUCUCCUUCCUGCACCCAACCCUUUGCAGUUCAUAAACGCCCUGGGUAAUCCUGUAUUGCAGUUGCUCCUGAGACCUUACUUCAAUGGGCACGCUGGCAAAAAAAGUAUGCUGGGGACUACCUGUGGCCUACCAGUUUUGCCAAAUCCUAUACUGACUGCAGCCCUGCUUCAAAUAAGUCAAGCACAACAGAAUGCUGCUUUGGGGAAUGGAUUGUUUCAGAAUCUACUUCAAUUGCACCUGGCACAGCAACGACUACUUGUGAACAAAGAAAAUACAGCAAUCAACAAUAAGUCCAGUUUACUUGGAGAUCCUCCCUUGUUACUUCAGGGAGCUAUGGAGCUUGGAUCAAAAAUUACAUCAAAUCCUGGGAAAGGGAUUUUGGCUGAAUCAUCAAAGGGUGUUCCAGUUCCUGCAUUUCGUGCUGAACUUGCUAAAGCAGCUGCACAACCAGCAGUGGGGACUUUGCCAUUUUGGUCCAGUGAGAGGUUCUUGGGGCAAGAAGUGACUGAGCAGAAAACCUUCGUGGAAAAGUCAAAUCUGGUCAUGGGGCCACCGCCACUUUCUGCUCCUGUUAGACAGACUCAUCUUCAAGGCAUUCCCAAUUUUGUUCCAGGUGGUUUUUUGGCCAGCCACCAAAAGGAGCAAACUCGACCAACUACUCCUAUGAAUGGGAACUUUUGGAAUGCUGCAGUGAGCAACCAAUCGUUAUUGCUAGGAGUCCCACCAAAUGAUCUAAAAAUACCAAACAAUCCCUAUCUUAACUUUUGCAAUAUGCUGCCAAGUCCGAAUUUUCAUGUUGGAAAUGCUAAUAAGCACACUCCUGUACAACAGCAUGAUGCAGUUCUGGAAUCCAUAUUGAAUCCAGCCAUUUCUAGAGCAGCCAAAAAGUUGCAGACCUCUGCUUCACAGUGCACAUUUGACUGUUAUACUACGUAUGCACCCAACUAUGGGGAUUAUACACAGGAGACCAUGCAACAGUGGCACCAGAAUUCUGUAACAUCUCACAACUCUUCUGAGGCAUUUAUUCCAGAGUGUGGAAAAGAACAAUGUGAGGUACCAGCACCAACUUUUGUUAAGACAUCAUUUGCUCCUCAUGAAGCAUUCCAUAACCAGCAUAUAUCUACAAAUGCCGAUGUGGAUUAUGGCAUGGCUGUACAAGUGAUGCCUUCAUAUUACACUGAAAGACAGACCAACUUUCCUAGAAGUGUACAUACAAGCAAAAUUUAUAUGCAGGAUCCUCCAUCUUCAGCACAACAAUCACUUACCCGAGGGGAUGGAAUCCUGGGUCCAGCACCUUUGGGAAACAUAAUGAAUAAUAUCAAGUCUUCUCCUUUUUUAGGAUAUCUUCAAUGAUGUAUAAUGAGAGACUUAGACUAGCAGCAGAGUUGAUGAAGAUGCGAAGAAUCCUACUGGAGCUGCAUCCCUUGUAUUAGAGAACUGUGGUAAACUCCCAUUUAUUUCACAUGUGUGCCCAAUUCGUCACAUGGUGGCUGCACAGUUUUCCUUAAUUAAAGCUUCAUGCUGCAACAACCUUGAGUUAUAUGGUAAGAAUUUUUAUUGUCUUGUAUGCAGACUACUGCAGACUGCACGAAACAUAUGGUAAACCAUGGGAAAGUUGAACAAAACUUGCUUUUAAUUAAGAAAUGACAGGAGAAGGAGUGAUAAAUGGUGUCUCAGUAACGAUAGAUUCAACAGUGAUUUAAUUGUUAGUACUCAUACACCAAUGGCCUUGCAUGAAAUGCCUAGGCCUGGUACAGCAGAUUUGCACAUUGUUGGCAUGACCAGUUGCUCUGGUUUCCUCCCAAUUCAGGUAGGCUAAUUUAACACAUCAUCACUUAGAUCACCCAGAAGACCAAGGAGAUCAUUGUGAACUUCAGGCAUGCUAGGAGCCACACUCACGUCCCCAUCUACAUCAACAGAGCUGUAGUGGAAUGUGUAUCAAGCUCCAAAUUCCUUGGUGUCCACAUUUCCAAGGAUCUCACCUGGUCCCUGAACUCCUCCAUCCUGAUCAAAAAGGCGCAACAGCGCCUUUAUUUCCUGCAGGGCGUCAAGAAAAUUCACCUCUGUCCCAGGAUACUGACGGACUUUUACCGCUGUACCAUUGAAAGCAUACUCACCAACUGCAUCUCAGUGUGGUAUGGCAAUUGUCCCGUAUCGGACUGCAAAGCACUCCAGCGGGAGGUGAAAACUGCCCAGCAGAUUAUCGGCACCCAAUUACCCACCAAAGAGUACAUCUACCGUAAACGCAGCCUGGGCAGGGUGAAAAGCAUUAUCAAGGAUGCAUCUCACCCUAAUCAUGGACGUUUUACUCUCCUCCCAUCCGGUAGGCACUACAGAAGCCUCCACUCCCGCACCAGCAGGCACAGGAAGAGCUUCUUCCCUGAGGCUGUGACCCUACUGAACCUCACACCACAGCGCUAAGCACUAUUGCGCCCAUAUUGUACUGUCUCAGUACUUUUAUACUUGUGUGCUGUAGCACUUACUUUUUAUUCGCAGUUAUUUUGUAAAUAACACUGUUCUUUGCAUUUCUGGUUAGAUGCUAACUGCAUUUCAUUGGCUUUGUAUCUGUACUUGGCACAAUGACAAUAAAGUUGAAUCUAAUCUAAUCUUGAUGUAGGGUAUGGGUCAUACGUGUGAAAGUAAGUUGCAUGGGUUAUUGGUUACCAUGGACUUGAAGGGCUGUAAGGCCUUGUGCCAUAAACAUAUGAAAUAUCCAGCAGUAAAGGUGGCCACCUCUCACAUUCAGCAGUAUAACUUAGUACCAAAGCAAUUAAGAACAUGAGAAAAGUACUACUUUUUUUUUUUAAAUGUGGAGUUACCUGCAUGUCCUUCAGUGGGCAAAUGGAAUGAUGCCCUCACUGGGGCAUUAGUUGAUCAAAGUCUAUUCCAGAUAUUUGAAUGAGGGAAUCAAGUACAAUAUAUCCAAUUUGCUGCUGAUAACCAAGCUAAGUGACAGUGUGGGUUAUGAAGAUAAUGCACAGGGGGUUGCAGCAGAUUUUUGACAGCUUUAGUCAAUAGGCAGAUAAAAUAGCACAGAAAACAAGAGUUUCUGCUUCAGUGAAAGAAGGAGAAAGAAAAAGUGAGAGAUUAAAAACUGUUGGUGUGUAGAAGGACCUAGGUAUUAUUCUCUGGUCAUUACUGAAUGUUAACGUGCUGAUCCAGCAAACAAGUCAGGCAAGUGCACACUGCAAGAGGCUGUGUAAAUUCAAUUCGGAUAACAGCGUCCAGAAUAUUGAUUUUCCCCUAUCUAAAGAUGCACUUCUUUAGUUUGAUUCCUGGCAAAUGGUGAGUUUGUAUUAAACAAACUGUUGUGAGUUCUCUUAUGUUUGCAAGAGUAAGAGGUGAUCUCAUUGAAACAAAAUUUCUUCCAUAGCUUAAAAGCUAGUUAUGGAGUUAAUGUUUCCCCUAGCUAAGCUGUCUAGAACCAAGUAUCAAAGUUUCAAAAUAAGGGGCAGCUAUGUAUGCUGGACAAAUAUACAAAUAUGAAAAAAGUCUUGAUGCAGAACUUUGGAAUUUUCUGUUGAGGAAAGCUGUGGAGAUUUGGUGGUUAAGUAUAUUCAAGAUGGAUAGAUUUUUAGAUUAUCAAGGGAUAUAGAUUACUGCAUUGAAGUAGUGCUGAAGUUUUAACAAAAACACAAUAAUGGAAUGGCAAACCAAGGUUAAGGAAUGAAAAAUGGCUUACUCCAGUCUCUUUUUUAUCUUCUUAUAUUACCAAGCAUUGUGGUACAGAAGGAUAUUUUAUAUGAGGUCUAAUAUUGUUUAUUCUGUCUCUGAUAUUUUCCUAUCAAAACAUCAAGAUUUUGAAACAAAAUCUAAUCCUGAUGUGAAAA